AAAACUGAGCGGCCUGACUACAUCCACUAGAUAUUACCAGAUACUUGGAAUGGAACCGGAAGAAGUAAGCGCAAAUGAAUCGACCGCUGUAAACAAGCCAUUCACAAAAAUAUCGGAUAAUGAAACCGCGCUGAAAACGAGUAGUGAUGUUGUAACAGCGUUAAAAUCAUCAUGACGAACAAGAAUAAAUGCUUUAGAAGAAGAAGAGCAAGCUCUACAUGCACUGAGGCUACAGGACGACUCAUAAGACUAUUUGUAAACUAACGCCCCCCCCUUCUGUACACUUCCGCGAAUUUUAAUUUUGAAAUAAUAAAUCACUGGUGGUUCCAUUCCGUGUUCUCCCUGUGUUGUGAAGUGCUCAGUUAACCUUGUGUGUUUGUGGUUUAGAUCUUUCAGCUCGCUUUAGUGACUGCUGAAUACACGAGUUACAAUGUCUGUCCGCUUAUAUCUCUCAAGAUUGUCAUGUUUUCGACAUUUCGUCCAUACUUCAAGAAAAAUACAAUUUCCGGUACAUAUAAAAAUGCCUUCUUUGUCCCCAACCAUGUCUGAGGGCUCAAUCAUCAACUGGGUUAAGAAUGAAGGAGAGCAGGUAGCUGCUGGAGAUAUCCUCUGCGAAGUUCAGACGGACAAAGCCGUUAUUGCAUUUGAAUCAGAAGAGGAAGGUGUACUUGCCAAAAUAUUGGCACCCGCUGGCUCAUCAAAUAUCAAAGUCGGUGGUUUGAUUGCUGUGUUAGCCACUCUAGACGAGCAUUGGCAAGAGGUGGCUGCUUCCGCCGUAUUACUAUCACAACCAUCUACAGCCGACAGUAUUCCAAAACAGUCGGAAAAAAACCUCACCAUCCCGGAACCACAGUCAUACCGCUUUUGUUCAAUGGGACCUGCAGUUCGUCUUCUGUUACAAUCACACGAUAUCGAUGGAUCUCAAAUAAUUUCUACAGGACCACAUGGCCAAUUGCUCAAAGGGGAUGUUUUGGCUUACAUAGCUAACAACCAAAUUAAACCUGUUGUAUCCAAUCAGGGAAAGCCAAUUAAUGAUAUCCCUGUUAUGCAAACUGUCUCGUCAUCAGCCACUUUCACAGAUAUCACUUUAUUGAAUAUGAAGAAUGUUUUUGCCCAACGUUUGUCGGAAUCAAAAUUAUCUAUCCCACAUGAAUAUAUUCGUGCAACUACUCGCAUAAAUCGUUUAAAUGAAUUGAGAACAGAACUGAAAGUGAAUUCGGAUAUAGAUUUUUCUAUAAAUGAUUUCAUCAUCAAAGCUUGUGCUUUAGGCUUAAGGCUUGUUCCAGACUUAAACGCCAUUUAUGAUUCUCAAGCUGAAUCUCCCAUUUUUCUGAGAUCGGUCGAUCUAAGUAUGGCAGUAGCAACUAAUUCAGGAUUACUUACGCCAAUUUUGCAUUCUGUAGAUACACUUAUUAUUUCUGAUAUUUCAAAGUUGUCGCAACAGUUAGUGCGUAAAGCACGAGAUGGUAUAUUACAACCACAUGAACUUGAAGGUGGGAGUUUCACGUAAGUGUCUGUUUAGAGCUUUAAUCACAUUCAUUUCUGGUGUUUUUAGAUGUUUUCUAGUAAACCAUAAUCCGUAAAUAUUCAAUAACCAUAUGCAUCAAAAUAUAAAGCAGUGUUUAUUAAUAUAUUUUAUUAAAUUUUCAUCAACAAAGAUGGGAGAGAAAAAACUCAUCCAAAUGCUGGAAGAUUCCAAUUAUUUUAAAGUAAAACGUGGUUCAAUUGCUAAAUCAUCCAGCGACCACUUAUUGAAUCUUUAAUCUUGGAAUCUACGGUAUUCGAGAGUUCACCACUAUUGUGAAUCAUCCUCAAGUGGCUAUUUUGGCUGUUGGGAGUGGUUUGCCAGAGGCUUCUAUCUCAACAUCAUAUACAGGAAAUGAAAUAACUUUUUCAACCAAUAUAACGCUAACAUUGUCGAUUGACUCACGAUGUGUAAGUGAAGUUGUUGCAGGUUCUUUCUUGAAGUAUGUUUGUAGUUUGUUAGAAGACUAUCCGCAUCUUUUACUCGAUGGUGAUCCUGUUUCUUUGUCUUUGAAGAGUAAUAAUACUUCCUCUCAACAAGAUGAAUUUGAUAAUUUAAUGCUUUCGAAAGUAAAUACAGAUAUUAUUCAAACCUUGGUUUGAUUCACUGAUGUGCUGUAUCUUUCUAUUUCUCCUACUUUAAUUUAUUCUCUAUUUACAGUUAUUCUAUUUUGAAAGUAGUACACGUCUGUAAAAGCAACUUUCAUUGAAAAAGUAGGCUAGUAAUGAUUUUGGCUGUUAACCUUUGUUAUACUGUCUAUUUAAUUAGAAUUCUUAUUUGUACUGUCUUGUCAUGGAUAAAUACAUAACUAAUAAGGCAAAAGUAACUUGCUAACCCUCACGAAUAAAUAAUAUUUAUUUUUUUAAAUAGUA